AUGUCGAGCCUCACACGACGCGGCGAUGGUGGGAAAAAAGAGCAGGGCGAUGAGUUGUGGAACAAGAUCGCACAAGUCACGCUGUGUCCACAGUAUACCACGGAAUCGACCAAACCCGCCAAUGCGGUCGAUAUUGCGAACGAUGUCCUCGGCAGGGCAUACAAUUUGAAGCGUACCUGGAGCGGUCAGGGCAAAGCCGCAGCCGUGCAAGAGCAAGAAAUCCGCACACGUAUGAAAGAUGCGAAAAGUUAUGACGAGUGGAGGACCGCCGCUGAGAAGUUGGACAUUCUCUUGGGCAAGACGAAUUGGAAGUUUGUCGAAGAGUCGAACGAUUGCGAUAUGGUGCUGCUCAGGAGACGGCUGGACAAUCUCAAGGAUGCUAUCAACCAAGGCGACAUGGAGGAAAUGGUGCACUUGAUCCGGACGUCACUUAAGAGAGACCUGGGAGGCAUGUGUCAUGUUCAUCUCUAUCAGCAUUGCAAUGUUGGCACGAAACAUUUGAUUGAGGAGUAUACGGAUGUCGUCAAGUACACUAUCGAGGAAAUUUGCAAGUACUGUGAAUCUGCGGAUCUGGCGACGGUCGACAGGUACCUAUCGAUGUUGAGAUUGGCACGACAGUCUUUUGGCAAAAGCGCAUUGAUGCUGUCGGGUGGUGGGACUCUGGGAAUGUGCCACAUUGGUGUCGUCAAAGCGCUGCUGCAAGAGAACCUACUACCGAAAGUCGUUUGUGGCUCAUCUGCUGGAAGCAUCGUUGGCGCUGUUCUGUGCACGCAGAAAGGUAGAGCCAUUCUGGACAAACUGGACGAAUUGUGCAAUGGCAACCUCAACGUCUUUCAAGCGCCGGAUGAGAUUCAAGGUAUCGCAGGCAUGGCGGCCAAUAUCCUCAAAGGCGAACCGGCUUUCGACAUUGCGAACCUUUGCCGCGUGAUGCGGACGCUUCUUGGGGACAUGACAUUCAAGGAGGCAUACAACAUGACUGGCAUGAUCUUGAACAUUCACGUUUCGACUCGCGAUAAACUCCAUCUUCCUCGGUUGCUAAACUAUCAGACUGCGCCGAAUGUUGUCAUCUGGAGCGCAGUGGCAUCUUCAUGCGCAUUGCCAUUAGUUUUCAGGCCACCAGGACUCAAGCAGAAAAACCCGGAUACCCAGCAAUUAGAAUCGGUACAUGGAGACCAUCGCUGGAUCGAUGGGUCUAUCGAAGGCGACGUUCCGUCUCAGAUCCUGGAACGUCUGUUCAACAUCAACAACUUCAUUGCAUCGCAAGUGAACCCGCACGUGUCGAGGUUCCUACCGCAGGAAGGAGAAGCUGCUAGUAUGUUGCGAAAGGCUAUGCUCAUUACAAGAUCAAACUCCAUCUUCCUGCUUGAUGGGAUCAUGGACCGUGGAUACGAUGCGUUCCCCAUCAAAGCCGCUCACGCCGUGCUCAGCCAGAAGUACGAUGGCAAUGUGACCAUCCUGCCCGAUAUCUCCUGGGUCAACUUCACAAAGAUUCUUGCAAAUCCAAGUCACGAAUUCAUGGAGCAAGCAACGCGCGUGGGCGAGAGAGCAUCUUGGCCUAAGAUCAGCCGUAUCAAGAUCUCAGUCGAUAUCGAGCUUGCCCUCGAUCGAGGCAUUAAGGACAUCCAAGCCAUUCAAGUUGGACAGCAACCGAAUAGCGUCAAGUCAAGGAGAAAUGUGUCGUCCACGAGAUCAGAGCGUGGGCUCGGGGUUUGGCGGAGUAGAAGCUCUGGACCUGGAGGCGUUGGACUUACUCCCAUCCCUCGUCUGCAACGAGGUAGAGCGAACAUAUCAGCCCACCGCCCGGUCAAGUCUAUGGUCGAGCCAUUCACCACGCCGCCUCCACAGGCCGUCGCGGCUCUCCAAGCCCCUGAACAGAUACAAUCUUCAUCAGACGAGACGAUCUCCGGCCACUCAUCGCCAAACACUUCGUACGACGAUGAUGACAUGGAGGACGACGACACCGACGACGACGACGAAACCAUCCGUCUCGCAGAAGAGCACGAACGGAUGAGGAUCUUCAGAUCGCAGCCCGCGUCGCCCAGUAUCUCGAAGAAAACUUUCUGGGGAAUCGAUUCGGCUGGACAUGCAACGCCUCCUUCUCCUGAGGGCAAGAGGGCUUGGAGUAGUUUGCACAUGUCGAAUGUCGCCGAUGACUUUACGUUGGAGCGGAAUAAGAAGCGUCGACAGGAAGGGUGA